AUGACAAACAUUCAGGCGAAGUCUUUCGGGGCCAUAUUUGGGGGCUCGGACAUCAUAGGAAAGUCAGAGACAGGCAGCGGGAAGACUCUGGCGUUUUUGCUGCCUCUGUUGAUGUCUUUGAAAAUAAAAAAAGAAAAUAAAAUCAAAGAAAAUAAAAUCAAAGAAAAUAAAAUCAAAGAAAAUAAAGUCAAAGAAAUCCUAAAGUCAGCAGCAGCAGCAACGCGCGGCACUGACCCUUUCCCCGCCCGCCCGCAGCUCGUCGUGCUCGCCCCCACAAGGACGAGGGCUUAG